AAAAGCGAUCGUGAAAAUACGUAGGAAUCAGUAAAAUAUAAUGAUGGAACGCAGCUAGCCAGCACCCUUCAACUCCUGCCGAUGGAACGCACGUAUACAGCUUUCGCGGGUUGUUCAGCUAUUACGGUGGGUUCGAUUGAUGACAGCAAAUUAAAUUUGCUGCACGACACUCCCGGCGGUGUCGUACGAGUAUAGGAAUCCCCAACCGAAUGACGUCAGCCCAUUGCGGGAGCAAAUCACGUACCGCAUAGUGCAGGAACUGCAAUCCAAAUCCCUCUUUCUUGAAUUUCAUUAGUUUGGGUUGAUCACGCCGGGUGCACACCGACGUAACCACGGCAGGGUUCCUCGAAAGCACGAAAUACUAAAGAUAGUAGGGCGCGCUCAUGAUGCUGCACUAAAUUUGGCACCCCUCCUCCCCCCCUCAGACCUGCCGAAACUCUUCAGCAUUACUUCCUUUACUGCUUUACUGGUCGCGCGUGUUCUCGUUCGCUUUAGUCGUUUUGGUCUCUUUCGAACGCGCCUUAACUGCGGGGUAAAAAAAAAAAAAUGCUCCGUCUUGGAGCAAAUGUUUUGUACCCCUUCCCCCAAUGGAACAUUCACACAUUAUGCCUUUAUGCGCCAGGCAUGGCUUCUCCCCGGGGAAUGCCAAUGGAAUUCGCCCUUAAUAAUAUUAUUGCACCAAGGAGGCAAAAGACAACAGAGUGAUAAGAGAGAGAGGGCGAAAUGGCUAACUUUGGUCGUUGUGUUUGACACGGUCGGAUGCGGCAUGCAGUUGUAUGGGAAUCACCGUGAGGGUAAAUUUUUGGCGAAACCAUUUUUAAGCUGCGACUAAUUUUCUUUGAAAGCAACUGCCGCUGAUGCUGCUGCUGCUAAGGAAAAAAUAAAAUGGAGAGGUUGGCUUCAGCAUUGUGGAGACUGGCUUCUUAAGGUUUUGUGAUAUCGUUUAAUGUUUUUGCGUCGUUACUGCGGAGGUUAGACGUGCGUGUGUAGAUCUUAGUUUACCGCAAAUGAAGAUCACGUGGUUCUUGCACGUGGCCUUAUAAAGCCACGGAUGGGUCGAUCGAUUGACGUAUAAAUCACUCGGAUGGACCUGCACCGUGGUUUAUAUAGUGCUAGCUAUCGCUAUACAAACCGAACCGUGCAAGAGAAUCUCAAGCUCGGAUUUCUUAGUGCAAUGCGUUCUCGGCCCUUUGGAACCAUUUGAAAUGUUACAUAAUUUCUCUGUGAUUCAUAGCCGUCGUUCGGAAUCCCGAGCGUCACAGUGAGCGAGUUGUGACAUUUUUGGCUUCCGUCCAGGGAGCUUUCGUUUUUAUAAAUGAGCCAGUUUCAUUUUUCGGUUGUUUCUUCCCGGUGUGCGUGACACGUGCGGCCCAGCAGUGUUUACAUCAGUUCAAAGGCACCGUCAUAUCUGAUUACGCGCCUUUUAAUAUACAGAUAUACACAGGGUGGUUAUUUUUAUCCUUUACGUAAUUUUUAUCUUAAAAAAAAAUUUGAGAGCAGCACAUGCCGCUAUCGCAAUCGAGUUAUCUGAAGAUGAUGAUGAUAAUGAUUGGGAGUUUAGUGGCGCAACGACAACAAAGAUCAUAAUGCGCCAAAACUCUGAUGUGUAAAAUAAAUUUAAUUUAAAAAUAUACCGAUUGUUUUAAAAUGAUAAAAAUUCGAGUAUUCAAAAGGUGUGUAAAUCUCUGCAUAAGUUAUCCGAAGAGGAGGGCAUCCUCUCGAGGAAAGUAUUCAGCUACAAGAUGGCUAAUUACGUAAAAUUCGUUAAUUAACUCUUAAAUUAAGGAAUUUCGGGCAAAAGCGAGAUAGCAGAAUGAGACACUACGUGCUCGUUGCCGCCCACGUGCGUUAAAAUAUAAAUUCUCGAAUUUUGAUAUGCAAAUGAACGGAAACCGAAACCGAAACAGCGACGACCGGGAACGCAGGAAGCACAGCGCUCAUUCGUGCACGUCAGAGGGCCACGUGAUUUGGAACGAUUGAUGUGAUUGGAGUAGGUGCUGAUCUGCUGGCCAAAUAAACCGCUUUCCUGCACAGAUAAGCCUCCGUCGGCGUACAUGAUGCGCUCUUGAUGCGCGCUGUUUGGGUUUCGGCUCAUUUGCAUAACGAAAUUAAGCGAUGGAUAUUUCACGGCACGAGCUCUUUUCUGGAUUUUUAAAAGAUGGAAUGGUUUUCGAACGAGGACUAUCUACGUAUGCUAUACAGCUUUAGUCUAGCUAAUUAAAGAGUUAAUUAGUGGAAUUUAUGUAAUUGAUCAUCUUGAAGCAGGGCUGGGCAGGAAUACUCAAAAUUUGUAUUAGAACACAAAUACAUAAUACUUGCUAAAAAUUGUAUUAUAAUACUAAUACACAAUACAUUUUAUUUUCAAGUAUUAUAAUACAUAAUACUAUUACUUCCCUGUAUUACUUAAGUAAUACCAGGACUGUUCGUAGGACUGGAAUGGUACCGAAAGCAUACACGUGUAAGACCCAUCACCUCAGGCAGGACAGGUCAUAAGUAUUACGAGUUUUGCAGUAAUACAAUGCAAGUAAUACUCGAAUUUUUUGUAUUAUAAUACGUAAUACAAAUACACUUAUCGGAUGGGUAUUAUAAUACGUAAUACAAAUACUCUAAAGUAUUACAGUAACGGUAUUAUAAUAUAAUGUAUUUGUAAUACUGCCCAGCCCUGUCUUGAAGUCACAUACUCUCUUCCAGAGGACGUCCGCCCUGCCGUAUACCUCAACUGCAAAAAGAAUGCGGCUAAUAUCACAGACAACAAGGUGUCGUUGAUGAUGAUGUGAUGGCAGUGUAAGGAGUGUAAAAAUUUCAAAAAUGUAUUACGAGGUGAGCAUACUACUCAGUUCAUGGGUGUGGAUACGGUCCAUAUAUUUGAGCUGACACCAUAAAUGACGACUAUAGGUCAUGUUCCUAUGGAAAGUAGUUCCGUAUCAUGCUCCGUUUCUCGAUUUUUCGAUCUUUGAGCUUAUUCGUUUCUUCGAAUUUUCGCAAUAUUUUUUUUUCUUUUCAGGAAGGGCAGCUAGUUAAGAACCGUAGUAACCCGACCACUCACUCGUUCCCCUGCACACGAAAAUUUCUUGGGACCUCCACAAUUUUGUUAACGACCAGCGGCGGUGACCACCUUAUCGUCAUCCAAUGUAUGUGUGUGUGUUUCUUGUAAGCGACCCCGAAUAUCGAGAAUAACAACGUAUAACAUUGCGUCAUUCAAGUCAGUUUAUCUGAAACAGCCACGCAAUAAAGGGAAGUCCGAUAGACCGGUAGAGUUCCCGAGGGCGUCCUAAUCAUAUCCGGAGAGGAGGCAUUCGGAGCGGCUUGCGCUACUAUACGCCAGGACGUAGAUACAUUUUUUUUUCUUACUUCUACAUGGGCGAAGGAAAGCUGCGAAGCAAACUGUAAUAAUGAAAGCACCGUUAUUGGAUAACGGCGUUCGCCUUCUUUCCUUCGACAUAAGUGAUUGCUAUACAACUGCUACUACUGAUUUUAUUUACUGAACGACGGUAUAGAACAGAACGACACACACACACACACGUAAAGAGACGAUGAUGAGAUGGGGCUGAUGCCAAAACGAAUGAACGGAUUGGCCAACGUAAGCCUGAAAGUCGUAUGGGCUGGACCAGACAGUCAGCGAACCAACCAUCAUCCGACAUCAUUCUUUCUCCUGAUUUCCUGAAAACGGGAGGCGCACGCCAUUUUUGUGGCACUGCGCAGUCCAUAAUUGUCACAAAAAUCGGGCACGCCCCCUCGUUUUCAUCAAAUCAAGGGAGAGAACGUUGUCAUUCGGGAUGAUGUUUGGCCAGGAGCGCGCUGUGCGGCGAAGCUUUGCUUUGAAAGUGCCAUUGCUAGUUUCCGCUAACACUCUCCUCAAUCUUACGUGUAUAACAACGACUGAACAGAUAGCGCUCCCGUAUCAGAGUACAUUCAUCACCUGCACCCGGGGAGCUGACACUCGAUUGACAUUCGUUGCCGCGGCCAGAAAUAGUCGGCUCAAAAGAAAUCGCCGCCACCCGUUCGAGACGCUACGGGUGGCUCGAACACAGCGGCCAAAAACGGGAUCGUCCAAAUAAUGAGAAGCAGAAGUAAAACAAAAAACAAGGUCGGUGUCCCGCGGCUCCGCGCCCAAAAUAGCUGACAGAGGUGCAGCACAGUGUGGGAUCGGCCAUGCGUCCGCGCAGACGGCUGCACUUCGCUACGCACCUCGUGCACCUUGCGCUGUUCGUAUUCCUCCUGCAAUGGCUACCUGCGGACGGCGAGACCAGCAUGUGGCCGUGGCGCAAGGCUCGCGAAGACCGCAUCAACGCCGGCGUCUGUCCAGACUCCGUGGAAGACAUGUGCUCCGUGACACGACCUGAUAGUGCCCGUACCAUCUGCAAGUGUGAUUAUGAUUGUCACGUGUACGGGGAUUGUUGCAUCGACAUGUUCAUCACCUCCGGCACCAAGGUGGACACGUCCUGGUCCUGCCACGACCGCGGAUUCUACGCCAAGCGCACUUGCAGUCCCUUGUGGCCGGCCGACGAAGACGUCGUUCGCGGUCUCUGCGAACUAGACGACGUUGCGGGAGAUCAGCAAAACCGGUCUUAUUUGCAGACGGUUCCCGUAAUGUCACACGCGACGCACGUCAUGUACUGGAACGUCUUCUGCGCCGCAUGCAACAGCGACGCCGAGGACCUGAUGCCGUGGACGUCGCAGUUGUUCUGUAACCCCAAGCCCGUGGAGCGACGUCGUGGUCCAGUGACCCUGUUCGACCACAACGUGUUGAAGCAGAUCAUCGAGGAUAAAAGUCUUCAGGCUUGGGGAGAUAAUAUCAAAGCCGUUGACGGGCUGCAGACGUACCGGUGUGUAUUGGAAGUGGACGCAUUUCGGUGGCGGAACCUCUCCAGGGUGGCACGGACCUGCACACAGUCUCUGUCGAGGUGUGGGAGUCGUGAUCUUGCCGAGACGUGUUCCGCGUAUACGGCGUACGUGCACGAUACGAUCACGCAGAGGAACUACCGGAACUACCACUGUGCCCUGUGCAACGGAGCCAGCAGGCAUAAGCUAGUGUGUGGAGGAUACGUGUCUGCGCGGAGAAAGGACUUCGACGGAUGGGCCGCGAAACAGGUAUCGGUACCGGUGGAACUGAAUCUCCAGCGAGGCGUUCCUCCCUGCCGAGUUGACGAGAUCCGAGACCCCCUGCUUGGAGCCUGCCUGCCGGUUGGCUGCGCACCGGGAUUCUUUAGGUUCGAAGGUACUUGCCGAAGCUUGGCCGACGCCCAACCCGACCCGUUCGCCAACACCAACGUCACCGAUCUGUGUCCCGUGCUUCGGCUCGGCGUCCAACACGUAACGGUGCUUCGCAACGGCUCCCUGCUCGUCAACGCCACCGGACAGGUCUUCUCCCACGACCAUUUUGUCCUCCUACGCGACGAAUACCGAAAUGACACCGCCGUCGCCGCUCUCGUCUGCGCAGGAGAUAACAUCGCGCUGCCCUGGCAGCCACUGCAUAUGAUUGUCACGGAGGUCUGUCUCGGUGUAUCGGUAACGUGCCUUCUCGUCUACAUCAUAGCGCUGGCUGCGACGCCGAGCCUUCGUUCUCGUACCGGCAAGAUGGUCGCUGGACUGGCAGUCAGCUUGUUUUUCGCGCAGUUCUUCUACAUCCUGGAACCGUUUACGGUGUCCUUUUCGAACACGUGUCUAGCUGUGGCGGUCAUGAGCCAUUACUUCCACGCAGCUGUCUUGUGCUGGAUCGCAGCCUUGGCAGCAGACGUGUACACCCGUUUUCAGGCCGCGCAGAUGCGAAGCCUUCCGGGUAACGAGAUUAAAAGGUUCGUCGCCUUCGCUUGGGUUUCACCCAUCAUCCCUGUUGCGGCUGGCUUGGCCAUGGAUCGAUUGCAGCCCGAUUCGCAAUUCGCACCUUUCUACGCGACCCCUGCUUGCUGGUUGAAUCGCGUUCUAAGCGUGGCCGUUGUCUUUGGUGGUCCGCUGGUAGCACUCCUGCUCAUCAGCACUGUUCUCCUGGGCCUCUCGGCCCCUCGUUUAUGCGCUGCUCACCAUCAAACGAAGCCUGCUUUUGAAGAGUUUCGAAGCGAUCGUAACAGAUUCUUGGCGUGCGCUACAAUCAUCUUGUUAACUGCUCUCACGUGGGUCUUUCCAUCACUGGCUGUCGCACUAAAUAAGGACGACUUCUGGUACGCCUUUCCGGCGCUCUGGGGAGUUCAAGGACCGUUUAUUCUCAUCUUUUACGGAUGUCGUAGAGAAGCCCUGCUCACAUUUUUCCAGGGUAUUCUUAGCACAGGAGGACGUACGCGCCUUAGGUCUGCGGGCGUCCUGGUGGAGUCAAAGAGCAACUUGCAGCAAGCACUCGUCGACGGUGCACCGCUUGUGAAACCGACGUCUCCGUACCGAAGACACAUGCCGGAGCCCAGAAGGCAGUCAUCGCCGAGGGUCUACCCGAACAUGGAACGCCGAGCCAGCAACAAGAGGCCGCUCGCGUUUAAUCCAGACGAGGAAGUGAGCUGAUGCGAUGCCAGUGACCUUUGAGAAUAAAUUUCCAGGCCAGCUCAGGGCGACUUUGGGACUAAGGUGUCGAUGUAAAAAAAAAGAUAAGUUUCAAGCCAUGAGUGACAGAGCUUGUGCUUGAAAUACGUUGUUGAACCUGACAUCUAAGCUCUCACGUACACAGUUUAAAGGUCAUACUUGCACCGUCAUCUAGUCAAUUCAACACGAUACAACGGAGCGCAAACAGCAACAGGUGAAUUGAUUCCCCGCACUGUCUAAUAGUUUCGUAGUCUGAUAUCGCGCGUUUUUCGACAAGAUUUCCUUUCCUUUGUGUCAACCUAGCCAGAGACAGUGUUUGUGUGUGAUCCAAUCCCCCACUAGUUUAAAUUUCCCAUCAAUCAUCUGCGAAGAAGCCGAGAUAAACGCAGCAGAUUACACUUGAAGUGCCAUUUCUCACGUUAAAUGGAGGCUGCGUCGUUCGGUAGACCCACUGGUUGUGGAUCGUCCUUCUAUACCAAAGGACAGUCGCCACCUUGCGGGCAUUUGUCGUAGCUUCCAAAUCGCCUUGCAUUCUGCCCACACGGAGAAGUUUCCUUCACAAGUUGUUCUUCGAGUGACAGAACCUCAAAUACUUUAGCGUGAAGCCUUAGUUCGCACUCAAGUACCGGCGACAGUGAGAAGUAUUCCGAACUGGUCCUUGUCUGCGUGAAAGUGUUUAUAGAUAUUUAACAUCUCAGAAGUGAACCUGAGGUCUCAGAAAUGAUGGGAAUUUUUGUGUGUGCAUUUCUUUUUUUUUUUGUACGGGUGAUUUUUUUGUAAGAGUUUCAGAACUCGGCGUGGGUGUGCCAAAACAAAGUCUGAGACUGCGACGAAGGAUGAAAAGUUGAAUGUUUUCAAAUUUCCUGCAAGUUUACAUGUCUAUUACGUAACAUAAAACUGCGAAUUUUGCUUUCGUCCCGGGGUGUUGAAGCAACGCGAUGUGAAUGGCAUAUAUACUCGCCCAACUUUCAGUAACGUGAUAAGAGUUUUGUGAAGGGAAUAAAAGCUGCUUUCCGAUUCA